AUGUUAACGCAAGAAUACGGCAUAGCGUCCAACAUCAAAUCUCGAGUCAAUAGCCUCUCCGUCCUCGCAGCCAUCACCAGUACCCAACAGCGUCUCAAGCUUUACAACCGAGACCCUCCCAACGGUCUCGUGCUCUUCAUCGGCACGAUUCUAACAGGCGAAGGCAAGGAAAAGAACGUCUCGUUCGAUUUUGGAUAUCACAAGCCUGUCAACACCAUCCUGAUCACUCGACCUCUAUCCCGGUCCUUCUAUUUCUGCAACAAUAAAUUCCACACCGAAGCCCUCUUGGAACUUCUCGAGUCCAAUUCUCGGGUUGGAUUCAUCGACAUGGAUGGAAACGGUACCCUUUUCGAGACGCUCGCUAGAAACACUCGCAAGGUCAUCCAUAAAUUCACCUCCGCACUGCGUUUCUCUCGUCUUCGUGGUGAGAAGAAGCACAACUACCAUUUCAUCACCAACGAUAAAGUCAACGUCAUGGGCCCCGGGUUAGCGGGAAGCACGGAUUUCCAGACGGAGCUGAAUCAGAGUGAUAUGUUCGAUUUGAAGUUGGCGGCUAAGAUUAUUAAAGUUGUGGAUGUUAGUUAUGGUGAGGAGAAUGGAUCUAACCAAACCAUAGAACUUGCUGCAGAGUCUCUUGCAAACGUCAAAUUUGUUCAGGAGAAACGGCUUAUUCAAAAGUACUUUGACGAAAUUAGUCAAGAUACGGGCAAGUACUGCUUUGGUAUCGAAGAUAAGUUCAAGGCUCUCGAACUUGGAGCCGUCGAGACUCUGAUCGUAUGGGAGAAUCUAGAUAUUGCGCGUUACAUCCUUCGUAACGCCGCUGGAGAGGACACUAUCUACCACAACAAAGAGCAAGACAAGGACCGCUCCAAAUUCCUCAACAAAUCCACCGGCCUCGAAAUAGAACAAUCCGAAGAACCCCAAAUGCUCCUCGAGUGGUUCGCCGACAAGUACAAAGAGUUUGGCGCAAACCUCGAGUUUGUGACGAAUCGCUCGCAGGAGGGUGAGCAGUAUAAGGUUGAUUUUACGAAUUUGGCGUCGGUGGAUGAGGAGGAUGAGGAUGAGUUUUAUUCGGAUGAUGAUGAUAUCUGA